GAAUAAAUCGUGCGUACGUUAAUUCGGUGACUAAUUGUUUAAAAUCGGUAGUUCGUUCCAAUAAAAACUGUUAACAUUUUGUCUGAUUUACACAAAAUUGGCUGAGAAGGCUCAAGUGAAAGUGUCAAGUGAAUCGAAUUGGAUUUUGUAGUCUGACACAUAACGUCAACGAAAGCGCUGCAAAGCAACAGCAAAAUUAUCAAAUCAAAAACAAAUGGUGGCGUGAUUUUAUAAAGUUUUACCAAAAACGAAUUUUAAGCAAAAAACCAAAAAGCACAGCAAAGCCUUUCGCAGUGUGGAAAUAUCAACUAAAACGUUUGCAACCGCAAAACGACCGAUUUUUGCCCCUACAACAACGAGUGCAGCUUUAUUGCAAUUCAAAAUAAAUCUACAAUAAAUACAAUAAAAUGAGCGCAUACAGAGAAAUGUCCAAACUGGAGAAUAGUCGGAACUGCCUACGUCGCAUUGCGCGUCACGAUGAGCCUCAAUUCUCCAAGGAUAGUAUUGUCAAUGUUAUGGAAAAAUUUGUGAAAACCGUUAAAGUGAUGGAUGACACUAUAUUGGUGCCAUGCCUGCUAAUGGAUCGACAGGUCGGUGAUAGCACAGAUAUUAUACCAGCACCUGGCAAGAAUUCCACCGCCAAUCAGCACACUAUGCAACAUUCUGCCGCACGCAGCGCUGCACACUCCAAAAACGUUCAUGAGUUCCUUAGCUCGUCGGAGCUCUUCAAUCUCUAUAACAUGUUGAAUGCGCUCAAGACUGAUCUGCUUUGGACAGGAAAGGACGAUUCCGAAGACGACGACUGUGUCGGGAAUGAAAAGCAAGGCACAGUCGAAGUGGAAAAUCUAUUGUAUUCGCGUUACGAUUCCAAAACAUCGGAUGCGGUUAGUGUGACCAGCAGUACAGAGGCCGUUGCCGCAAUCAGCAGAAACGCAACCAAUUUGAACGCCACUGCUGCCGCAACAGCAUCGACCGCAGCCGCCCCCAGUCAGACAGUCAGCGUCAAAGGACACAAUCGUUGCCCCUCCACUGCCUCGGUGGCUUCGAUUGUUUCCACCACAUCGGCAUGCAACCUAAGCGAUUCGGAGAGUGAAAUUUCAAAUGAAAAUGAUUCGGGCAUGGAGUCGGAAAGCCAUAAGAGUGACAAUCAGCCAAGCAGCACCGAGUCCGUAAGCGGUAGUGAUGAUACCGAGUCACGUGCCGCUGCAGCCGCCACAUCCACCUCCAACGCCGACAAAGCUACCGAAUUGGCGAAACGCUGUCGGCGACAUUUGAACGGUCUCUACCAUUGCCUUGAACAAAUGACAGAGGCGGCACAUUACCUGACCGUUAGGUACCAAAGUGAUAUUGGCCCCGUUUAG